AAAUUUUUGUAACACUAUUUUAAUAAAAAAAUUUUAAUUAAAAAAAUACAUUAUUUAAUAUGUUAGUGCAAUAUAUUUCCAAUUUAUAGCUAUUUAUAUUACAUAUUAAAAAGUGUCAUUUUCACACAAAUUAUUAAAUAACUCUACUUAUUAAAGCCUAUACUUAUACAUUUUUGUCAAAGGUCAACUUUAAAUUACAAAAGUAAUUUUCUUUAAAUCAGUUUUGUUUUAAAGUUAUAAAUUUUUAUAUAAAAAAACCAUACAUUUCUCUAAGCUUGUUGGCUAUAGUUUUGGUUAUAGCAUUUAUAUUUUUUUUAAUAACCACUAAAUACAAAUACUUUCUAGAAAUGUUUAAGUAUAUAUAAAAGUCGCUAAAGAAUCUAUUUAUAUUUGUAACAGUAAUGAAAAUUACCGUAAAUGACUUAAUCGUAUACACAGAAGAUGCCUAAAAAUAAUGUGUUAACGUUAAUACUUGAUUUCCAUGUAUCUCCAAACAUCAAACGUAUUGUCACACGUUUAUCGUUUGUUACACGUCAAAAUGUACAUAGAAACCAAGGUUAAGUGACAGUAAAAUGUUUUAUAGCACCGAAUCUAUACGUAUAAUACGUGUCUUUUAUAUUUCUGUUCUUAGAUGUGAAUAUAACUUAAUUGUUCAACUUGAACAUAAUUCAGGAACGAAAAUACACGAUCUCGAAGAUUGUGACAGCAACAUUGGCGGGAGCAGUGUCAUAAAAUUGAAGACGUCCUAUGAAAAUUUUUUGAAGAAUAUGUGUCUUCGAAGAGUAAGCGCACAAAUUUCUAUUUAUAAAUUUAUUUAUAUUAUCAAGCAUCUGACACAACAUUCUAAUUUUGCAGAAAUACCAUAAUGCAUAGAUGUGAAAUAACCCAUUUCUCCUCUGACAAAUAUCUAUUUUACAAUAUUCGGAAUCAAUUAAUCAUUUCAUCUCACAUUUAUUUUGACUUCCAUCAAUUUUGUAGUAUUCAGAACAUAAAUACCGCAAAGCAUGUGAAAAGGAUAUGAAAUAACCUCUUUGACGGACAAACAUUCGGAAUAUCAAUUGAUCAUUUUAUCGCACAUAUAUUUUGACUAGUAUCAAUCUUAUAAUAAUCAAAAUAUGUACAAAUCUUUGAAGUAAGUCUUCAUUUACAAAUCAUAUUUAUUCACGUAAUUUUACUUACAUAUCAGCAAGUUUUCAUUUACAAAUUUAUUUAUAUGGUGCAUCUGAUGCAAUUAUAAUUUCUAAUUUCUAAUUUUCCAGAAAUAUCGCAAAGCAUGGAUAUGAAAUAAUCUCUCUGAUUAUCGUAGACAAAUACUAAUUCUGCAAUAUUUGGAAUCACAUAGAUUAUUUUAUCGCACCUUCUAACUCGCUGUCGAAAUUCAAUAUGACGUCAACCGUAAAAAAUCCCUCGGAACGCCCUGACACGUACGCAAGCAGAUGCGGCCAGGAAAUGAAGACGAGUUUCUUCCCUUCGCCGCGAUGCAAUAAGAGGAUCACCGAUAUGGAAUCACGACGAGCUUCGAAAGUAUCCGCUUCGACAGUCGAGAUGUAUCUGAGGAUCAGGCCGACGCCGGAGACACUUAUUCCAAAGAGUUACGCCGUGUUCAAUCCGAGAACUCUUUUAACGUUUCUGCCGUUCGAGGAUAAAUCCAGUCGAAAUUCGAGGUGUGCGAGAUCGAGCGAGGCCGGGGGCGGCAGGCAGCAUACCUUUACGAAGAUCUUCGGAUCAGAAACUUCGCAGGCGGAGGUGUUCGAGGGAUCCAUAAAACAUCGAGUCGCGGAGUUCCUCGGCGGUAAAAGUUCGACCAUCAUGACUUAUGGCACGAGGGAUUCCGGGAAGACUUACACCCUGUUCGGCACGCCCGCGUCGCCCGGUGUAAUAACGCGUAGCAUCGAUCUCGUGUUUUCGGCGAUAAACUGCACCAUCGCGCCCUGGUACAAGCCGACGUUUCAGAGCACCGUGCUUCGCCUGAACGAAACAGCACGGGCAGCGGAAAUGGAGCUGAAGGCGCGAGUGUUGGACGGACGUUCGACGUCCGCGGAGGCCAGACUGUUCCUGGAGAACUUGCGGCCAGCGGACGCGGAUCCCCCGGACGAGUGCGAGGGCUGCUGCAGCGAGUCGAUGUGCGCCGUGUGGCUGUCCUUCGCGGAGAUUUACAACGGAAACGUUUACGAUCUGCUGGACGACGCGGAAACUCGCUCCCCGUUGAGAUUGUACAUGAACGCAGCCCAAGGGCGAGCUUACGUCUGCGGUUUGCAAAAGGUGCACGCCAUAACUGCGCUGGAGGCCUGUCGGAUCCUUAUGGCAGGCCAGUCGAGGCUGAGAACUGUCGCAAACCCGGAAUCGAGGGGCUCUCCAUCGCACACCAUUUUCACGAUGGAAUUGUUGAGGUACCAGAAGGAUCACGCGGCCGAAGAAGUGACACUCAGUACGUUGACUUUCUGCGACCUGGCUGGCUCCACGCAUUUCGAGAAAUCGCACAUACGUGAGGUGAGCAACGUUAACAACAGCCUGGUCGUGCUCGGCAGAUGUCUCAAGGCUGUGAGUCAGAAUCAGAUGGCGCCGUUUCGCCAGUCCAAGUUAACGAGGAUAUGUCAACGGGCCCUCUCAGGUGAAGAAAAUCUAAACGUUAUAGUAAACAUCGCCUUUCGAUUAGGUCUGUCUGACGAAACGCAGGGCAUUUUCAGUUUCUGCGAUAUAGUCAGAAAGCUGCUGAAUAAUCAUCGCAAGGAAUUCAAACAGCUAUGCGAACUUGGAGAAACCCCUCACAGUCUGGAAACGUGCGAUGAUGACUUUAUGGCAUCACCGUUUAGUCAACGGAGCUCGUUCGAGACCGCAGAAUCGACUGGCUGUACCGAUUCGGUGGCGUGCAGAAAUAUACGAGAGCAAAACAGACGGCUGGAGCGAGAAUUGGAAGUUGUAAAAAGCGAUCUGCUAAAUUGCGAGUACGCAAUUCGGCAACAACUGGCCGAUCAUUACUCACGCAUGAUCGAAGAUUUGGAGGCGACUUACAAGGAGAAUACCAAGAAGCUCGAGACUGACGGGCACGAUCUGCUAAAGUGGUCCGUCAGGCAGGUCGAAAACUUUUAUAAAGGGCGCAUCGAUAAUCUACGGCAUAAGAAGAGAAGGCGACGAGAUAGCGGUGACUACGUCGACGAUAGCCGCGUGCUUUACGAAGAGCUCAAAGCUGAGAAUGCGCAGGUCACCUCCAAAAUGGUGAUUUUGAAAGAAGCGAUGAAGAAGUUAAAAAAAGAAAACGAGACAAUUCUCUGCGAGAAGAAUAACUGUAGCUUUCAACUGGCUCUGGUAACAGAAGAAUUGAAAAAGUUUCGACAGCUCGCGCAAGCUGGGAUUCGUAAAUGGGGUGGCAAUAUUGAAAACAUCAAAAACGAUGCCGAUUGUCUCAUGAAUAAUUUGGAAGGGUUAAUGGACGAAAAAUUAAAAAGAACCAGAAAGAAACUUGAAGAGAUGAGCGAAUAUAUGCGUGCGGUGGAAAAGGGAGAUGCUAAAAUCACUUCUGCAGCGCAACAGGAGUCGUCAAAAUCGGAGAAUCUUUUGAACGACACUCUGAUCAAGAUAAGAGAACUGAAGGAGGAACUUUCACGUAAAGAGGCUUGCAUCGUCAAGCUGCAGCAUCACGCGCAAUUGCGAGAAAGACAACUUGCUGAAAUACAACAGCGCCUGACUGAUACACAAAAUGAGAAUAUGAUCGAUGAAAAGUGCAAAUGUGAUCGAUCGACUAAUAUUUCAUUUGACGAUACAGCAGAUAGCAUUUUUCUGGAUAACAUGUCCGUAGAGAAAACUUCCUUACGUAUGUGCGUAAAUUCAUCUGCUGUCGAGCAACACGAAUUUAACGAUUGGAUUAUUGUCUCAACAAAUCAUGUUGAAUCAACGAAGAAAUUCUCGAACGUAUCAAAUGUCGAUUGCAAAACUCUCGAAAGUAAUACUGAUUGUAAAAUUUCCAGAUCGAGCGACAGAAGCAGCAAAGACGAUUCGGGUGUAAGUUGCGAAUUACAAAACGAAAGUCGGAGAUCUAUCAGUGUAAGCGAUCGCACAAGUAUUCGCGAAAACGAAGACAAGUCCACGCAAACUUGUGUCGUCGACCAGUGUAGUCAAAUGGAGAAAACCGUUGAAUCGUUUAGGAUAGAUGGAGUAAAUUCGAAGAAAUGUAACUAUCAGGAGACGUUACACGUUACCGAAUUGUCUCAGAAUCUGGAAACUAUCCGGGAUGUGAUUUAUGCGUUAAAUGAAACGGCUUGUGCGAACGAAUGUCAGUGUCUGCGCAAAGAAGGAGCGCUGGAACGACUGACAGAAGAGGACAGUGAAGUUGCAGCCAAACGCGACGAUUUAUUCAAGGCGAUGGAGAAUAAAAUGCAGGAAUAUAAAUGCGAAAUUCGUGAACUAAUCCGCAGGCUGGUAGUCAAGGAAGAAAAUGAAAGUCGCAUUUCCAAGUGGUUAGAAAGAUACAUAGAAAAAUCUCAAGCUUUUGAAAAUCAACUAUCUUUGAUGCGUAAGCGGUUGGACAAAGCGUUCAGUAAGUGCGCAAAUGAACACUUACCGAGGAUUGAUAGUUUAGAGGAAGAAGUGUUGCAAAAAACUCUGCAGAUAAACGAGCUCGACGGAAAGGUUGCUGAGAUGCAACACGAGCUCGCGAAAGGCGACGAAUUGCUUCAGAAGAUACACGAUUUCGAGAUUAUUGGGAACAGAUGUCAAAGAGACAGGAAUGAACUUUGCAGGCGAUUGUACGAAUGCUCGGAGACCCAAUUGAACCUCGAGGAUAAAUUGAAGAAAUUAACGAUGAUGAUAACAAAAAGGGAGGGCGAAGUUAUCUCGUUGAAGAGUGAAGUACGCAAUAUAGCUGACCUAAACGUUGCGAACAGCAAGAAAGCGAGAAAUCUAGGCGAGCAAAUUAACGAAACUAGUGAGAGUAUCGACUCGGCUAAGGAAUAUCUGCAUUACUGCAAAGAUUUGCGUAAGAAUGUGGAAGACACUAUGAAAGCGCAGAUUCACGAUUUCAGAUCUCGAUUCUCGGAACUUAAAAAUAGUACAGCGCUCCAGAACGAAAUUUACAAGACUUAUGGUGACAACCAAGAUGAAAUAACUCGUUUAAAGAUGCAACUAGAGCAUAAAGAACUGGAAGUAAUUCUACUUAAAACUAACAGAGAUGCUAAAAUACAAAAAUAUGAGAUUUUAAUGAGACAUUUUCAAAAUGAAAUCGAAGAGAAGGAAAAACAUUUUAAAACUGUUGCGAACAGUUCAAAUAACUCGGAGGGAUUUUCAGCUGAGAAUCAAAGACAGCCGGAAGAAAUCAUAAAAGACCAUGAAACCGAAAGUAGUUUCGCGAGCAGUUCCUGCUUCGUGCCUGAACACGCUAGUUCGGUGACAUUAAAUGUUUCGCCAGCUCCAAGUGAGGAUUCCACAACUUUUUCCGAUGAGAAAGAUGGCAUUAGCAUUAAAUUCGGCGAUGACAAAACUUGCCAGACAGAUAGCAGUGUAAAGUCAAAUGUACAUUCAUCUGAAACUGAUAGGUCUGAAAUGGAAGGUAAUUUCAACAUGAGAUCACCAGAUAUCAAAGACACGAAGGAAAUACUAGAUUGGAUGAAAGUCAGAAGAAUCUCUGGUAAAACUGCACUUUCCCGUCUCUCCGCUAAACACGCAGAUAUUAAUAGUGAUUCAGAGUGACAGUAAACGACACAUUAUGCCAAUAAUUAAAGAUUUAAUUAUAUAUAUAAUUUUUGUAUAUAAUUAUUGAUAUUAAGAAUAUUGCUGUGCGUUGCGCGUGUAUUUUAAAGUAAUUUGACAUUUAUUUGUGUUUCGUGUAUUUCAUGUAUUUCGUACCGCUGAAUGUUUUGUUACAAUUUUAAACACGUGUCAUACUUUGUUAAAUUUAACAGAGAAAAAAUCGUACAUGUCUCAAAUGUUAUACGUUUUAAUCCAACUGUUACAUGUUUAAUUCGUAUCGCUGUCUCUGUGUUGUUCUCUCGUUGUACACACAUUUAGCUCAUAAAUUAAUAAACUU